AUGGCAAAUUUAUCAAACUAAGGAGCCAGACGACUCUAACUGUUUCGACCUAAAAUAAAAUAGAUUCUUGCAAGUGCUAAGGUUAUCAACUACAAGGAAAGAAGAGAAGAUCUAGAAAAUACUUAGGUAUUUGCAAUUCGGCAUGGAUAAAGUAUUUAAAAUGCUCAUAUUGGGGAGCUUUUCAAUAAAAUAUGCCUAGAAUCUCCAAAAAUUGAAUCGAGCCAUGAGAGCGUUCACAAUAGUCUCUCAGAAAAGGAGAACUCUCUCAAAAAUGAAAAUAAUAAAUUAACAACUUUGGGUGAGUGGAUUGAUGUCCAGUCUGAUAGGAAAUUAAUUGAUUCGUCUCUUUCAGAGAGAGGUAGGCUACAAUCUAAAGAACUCUAAAAUGUAGUAAAUUAAUUCAAAUUCCACACAGUUUUUGUAUCUCCUUUGAAAAGAGCGAUAGAAACUGCUUAUUGGAUGUUCAAAGGCCACAAAGAUUUUGACUAAAUAAAAUUCGUGAUCUUCCCUUUACUAAUGGAAAAAUUGCAUGUAAGUGCAGAUUUACCUAAUCCAAUGGCAUUAAAACAAAUAUAAAAAUUACAUUCUCAAAAAUUUAAGUUAGGAAUACUUCCCUAAGAUGAAAAUAAACAAGAUAAUCCGAACUGGUACGUUGAAUUGCUAAAUCAAGAUCUAUAGAGUUAAGUGCAGCAAUUUAAAGCAAACAAUCCGAAGUUAUAAGUGCAGGACUUUUUCAUUUAAAAAAUCAAUGAUGUCUAUCCUGGAGCAAUAGAAAGCACAGAGAAUUGCUUUUAUAGGACACUUUUGGCUAGAAAAAGUUUAAUUUAAUACAUUACUAAUAAUCAGAUUGAACAUACUCAUAAAAUCGCUCUUGUAGGCCACAGUGCUUUUUUUAGAAUAUAUUUUGCAGAAUAAUAUUUUUAGGAAAAUGGGUUUGAAAGACAGCCCUCUCUAGAGGAAUCUGUUUGCCUUGAAAAUUGUGAAAUAUACCCUGAUUUUAAUUUUAACAAAAAGUCUGAUUGA